AGGUGAGGCUCGGCGUUCCGGAAGUGGUUUCCCGGAAGAAGCAUGUCUGCGCCCACGAUCCGGCCGGACGCUGCACGCUGAACCGCGGACACCAUGCAGUCGGAUGAUGUUAUCUGGGAUACACUAGGAAACAAGCAAUUUUGUUCCUUCAAAAUAAGAACCAAGACUCAGAGCUUCUGCAGAAAUGAAUACAGCCUGACUGGACUCUGUAAUCGGUCAUCUUGUCCCCUGGCAAAUAGCCAGUAUGCAACUAUUAAAGAAGAGAAAGGACAGUGCUACUUGUAUAUGAAGGUUAUAGAACGAGCAGCUUUUCCUCGGCGUCUCUGGGAACGGGUCCGGCUUAGUAAAAACUAUGAGAAAGCACUGGAGCAAAUAGAUGAAAAUCUGAUUUACUGGCCCCGUUUCAUUCGACACAAAUGUAAGCAGAGAUUCACCAAGAUCACCCAAUACCUAAUUCGAAUUAGAAAACUUACACUAAAGCGACAGAGGAAACUGGUUCCUUUGAGUAAGAAGGUGGAACGUAGGGAGAAAAGAAGAGAGGAAAAGGCAUUAAUAGCUGCUCAGCUAGACAAUGCCAUUGAGAAGGAAUUACUGGAGAGACUGAAACAAGAUACGUAUGGAGACAUCUACAACUUCCCCAUUCAUGCCUUUGACAAGGCCCUGGAACAACAGGAGGCAGAGAGUGACUCCUCAGAUGCUGAGGAAGAAGAUGAUGAUGAGGAAGAUGUGGGGAAAAAAGAAUUUGUCGAAGAUGAUGAGGUGGAUGAGAGUGACAUAAGUGAUUUUGAGGAUAUGGAUAAACUGGAUGCCAGCAGUGAUGAAGAUCAGGAUGGUAAAUCCUCCAGUGAAGAAGAAGAAAAAAAGGCCCUUAGUGCGAAACACAAAGGCAAAAUGCCCUUGAAAGGACCACUGCAGAGAAAACGAGCCUAUGUGGAAAUAGAAUAUGAGCAGGAGACAGAGCCCGUGGCCAAGGCCAAAACCACGUGAUUUUUCUUUAAACACUUAUACCAGGACUGAACAUACAGAACUACUACUUUUUUUUUUUUUAAUCUUAAACAUAUAAACACCUCCAGUUUUUGCUCUUUUGUGUUGUAUUAAACACAAUAUUUGUGUUUUUAUUAUUUAUGCCACAUCAGUGAGGCAAGAAAUCUGGACUGAGUGGAAAUCUGGAGUGAGUGAAGAAAGCCCUAAGUUGUGAACGAGAGUGUUUUUAUAGCAUAUGUGUUGAAGUAACAGCUUGUGCCCAAGAAAUUUAACAGAUGAGUUCUUGAAUCUGGAAUGAGAGGAUAGAUGUAAAUAUUUCUAAAUUUUAAAUGCUAAAUUCCUUGGUGUCCUUUUUUCUCCCAAACUUUAUUUAGAAAUGGAAGGAAUUCAAUUUUGUCUUGUUCUACUUUCCCUACUCCUGUGGAGGUAAAAGGAAAGAAGAAAAAAGCAGUUUUAACUUACAAAUUUAGUGUAAAAAUACCUUUUUUUCUUAAAUACUCCAUUCAUACAAUUUGGGAUGGAAAGAGAGUCCUUUUGUCUUGGGAAAGUAAUGCAAGUCUUAAGUUCCAUCAUAGGGAGCGCCUUCAGAAAUCUGCUGGACUUUUCUGAUACAGUUCACCACCUUGCUGUCUUCACAGCUUUGGGGAAUUUUGGCCAGGAGACCCUGAAACAUGAAACCAAACAGGCCUUGAUUUUUUUCUUUAAUUACUUGUUUCCCCUUUUGCUUGAUUCUUCUUCCUUGGUAUCCUACUCAAAGGAGGAAAGAAUGGAUCACACUCGGGGACAGGUCACUAAACAGAGUAGGUAUUAAGUUUUUUAAUUUUUAAAUUUAUAUAGCUCUUAUGUAUUGAAGGUAUUGCUUUAAAAACUGUGUUAAUGUGCUUGCAAAUCUGCUGCUGGCUCAUGAAGCAGCAGAAUUCCAGCCAAGGCAAAUUCAGCUGGAUCUAGGGCUUGAAAACUGCCCAAGAUUAAAGAGCUAAGAUGAAAUCAUUUGAAUAAACUGGUAAAAUAACAAUUCA